AUGGACUUGCCUCCUCAUGUCGACAAGCUCAUUUCUGCUGUCUUGAAAACCCAGCCAGACGCCAUCAUCGUCACACAAGCAGGCAACCCCAUCCGGAUGCCCUGGAGGCACUCGGCGAAGUCAAUGAUUCACAGCUGGUAUGGCGGCAACGAAGCCGGGAAUGCUGUCGCAGAUGUCCUCUUCGGGCGCAUCAACCCGAGCGGGAAGCUACCUAUGACAUUCCCUGACCGUUUGGAAGACAACCCUGCCUUCCUUAGCUUUGGCAGUGACAACGGGAAAGUGCAUUACUCCGAGGGCGUGUUCGUCGGAUAUCGAUGGUAUGAGACGCGUCGUAUCAUGCCUGCAUUCCCUUUCGGGGCGGGCGCUGAGGUUAUUCAAAUGUACAUCCGCUACUUCGCCGUCUCUCAAGAUUCAAAAUUCGCCCGGCCGCGACAAGAGCUCAAGGGCUUUAAGAAAAUCUAUCUUGAGCCGGGUGAGCGGAAACUUGCAACGAUUCCCAUCGACAAAUACAGUACGGCCGUCUGGGAUGAGAAGAGGAACAGCUGGUGUUGUGAGAAAGGGGACUACCUUGUUAAUGUGGUGUCCGCGACUGAAGGAUUGAUGGGUUCCUUCAAGAUUGAGAAGAGCAUUUUCUGGAACGGUCUCUGA